GUUAUCGAUAGCUAGUAAUAUCGGUUUUAUCAGUUCUAUUUAGAUGUUAACAAAUUUAUUUAUAAAUUAACUACGCGAUGAACUCACUAAACUACGACUGCUUGAUGAUGAUAAUUAAGUACUUAAAUCUUAACGAUCAACUGUCGCUAUAUGAAGCCACUAAAGGCCAUUCAAAUCACUUGAACUCAAGUGUGUUUUUUGCCUGGAAGCAACAGCUCUGCUUUGAACUGAAUUCAGAAAACUUUCUGAAGUUUGAAGAGAAGCCAGAAAUGUUGGACAUAUUUCUGUCUAGCACUAGUGCAACAAUGCAGGAAUUGAAACUAGAAUUGGUUACAAAGAAGUUCCUCAAACGCUGGCAGAAUUUCACAUUUCCGAACAUGAAAACACUGGAAUAUAGCUGCGAUUGGGAUUAUGAUGCUGACAAAGUGAUAGAAAUAAUGAUAAAGCUCUUUCCUGGACUGCGCUGUGUGAAGACUCAUGAUGGGUUCCAUUAUGAUCGGCUGCAGAAAUGGUCGCAGUUGCGCAAACUGGAGUUGAGCGACUGUUGCGAGAAUCUUAAUGAACAUGAGGGCCCCGAAAUGAUUAUAAAGUGUCAGCUGUUGGAAGAGGUGACACUGUCGUGUGAUUUUCAUUGGCCUGACAUUUAUGAUGCGCUCAUGCAGUUGCCCAAGCUGCGUACAUUUACUUAUUAUGUGUUUGAUCGCGAUGACAUUUUAGACGUGCUGCUGGAGAAGCGUGGCAGCGACAUACAUAAGAUUACCUUUCACGAUUGCAUAUGGAAACACAGCAUGACCACAUUGUGCAAACUGAGCCACUUGCACCAAUUGACAUUGAAAGAGGAGCGUUUCACAGGCGAAGAACUAUGCAAACUGAUUACGAAUUUAAGGCACUUGCAGCGACUGGAUAUCAUCGACCAUCUGGUGAGGUUGAAAAAGGCAAAGCUGUGGCAAGCAGUUGCCAGCUGUCCAUCGCUAAAGAUCCUGAAUAUAUCAGGCGUGCAGCUGCACGAUGAAUGCUUUGAAUUUAGCCGAUGUCUCAUGGAGGAGACACUGAAGAAUCGGUCUCAGCCCUUAGCAUUGUAUUGCCACAACACAUAUGAAAACGAAAAGCUGCGUCACUUCAAGCAUCCAAAUCUGAGGAUUUCUUUUAAGCCCUUAGAACCGGAAAACGUCGGCUGGAAUAUGGUGCGACUGCAUUUGAAACCGUUGGACCCAUCCUGAAUUCCAUAAUGUGAUACUUUUCAUUAAUGAAAUUUACAAAUAUUAUAAUUACAAUAAAUGAUUCAAAACACUAUAA